GUGGGGUGGGGGGGGGGAAGGCUGAGCACCCAUAAAGAGCUUAUGCAGCGGGAGGCGAGCGGCGCAGCAGCGCAGAUUAUGGGCGCUCGUUAGCGGCUGGCGCUAAUUAGCUCCAUUUCCCAGCACGAGGAACCCCACGACCCCAUGGAAGAGGGGGGGGGGCAAUGGACACGAAUGGGGCUGAGCCCAUCCCUAUACAAACCCCACAGCCCUCAGUGCCGGCACCCCACAGCCCCGGGGGUUUCCCAUCUCCCGUGGGGUUUCAGGCCCCCAUCCUUACGUAACGCCCUGUGCCCAUCUUCCCACCAUACAGCCCCCCCCCGCCCCCCCCAGCCCCUAAUCUUUGCCAUCUUGGGCUAAUUGGAUUUCCACAGGUCACGUGGGGAGCGAUAAAAAAAGCCCCCCCAAAUCCCUCCGGGCCCCAGAAAUCGGGUUUAUCCAUGGGGAAUUAAGGGAGAACGCGGGGGGCAGCCGGCCCGCAUAGCAGCCAGCCCAGCGCUCCGGUGCGGCCUUUUUGGGUUCCCCCCCUAAAAGUAUUUCUCUGCCCGCAUCCCCAGGGGUGCGUGCACCCAACCCGAGGAGACCUGGAAGAGCGCGGGGACCUGGAGGAGCUCGAAGCUUUGGCAGAGGAGGACGAGGAGAUGGGGAGCGGGGCGAGCGCCGAGGACAAGGAGAUGGCCAAGAGGUCCAAGGAGCUGGAGAAGAAGCUGCAGGAGGACGCGGAUAAGGAGGCGAAGACGGUGAAGCUGCUGCUGCUCGGGGCCGGAGAAUCGGGGAAGAGCACCAUCGUGAAGCAGAUGAAGAUCAUCCACCAGGAUGGAUACACACCUGAGGAAUGCAUGGAGUUCAAAGCCGUCAUCUACGGGAACAUCCUGCAGUCCAUCCUGGCCAUCAUCCGCGCCAUGACCACGCUGGGCAUCGACUACGCCGAGUCGGGACGGGCGGACGACGGGAGGCAGCUCUUCAACCUGGCGGACUCCAUCGAGGAGGGCACGAUGCCCCCGGAGCUGGUGGACUGCAUCAAGAAGCUGUGGAAGGACGGCGGCGUGCAGGCGUGCUUCGACCGGGCUGCCGAGUAUCAGCUCAACGACUCGGCCGCAUACUACCUGAACCAGCUGGACCGCAUCACGGCCCCCGGGUACCUCCCCAACGAGCAGGACGUGCUGCGCUCCCGCGUGAAGACGACCGGCAUCAUCGAGACCAAGUUCUCCGUUAAGGACCUCAACUUCAGGAUGUUUGACGUCGGGGGGCAGAGAUCAGAGCGCAAGAAAUGGAUCCACUGCUUCGAGGGGGUGACGUGCAUCAUCUUCUGCGGGGCGCUGAGCGCCUACGACAUGGUGCUGGUGGAGGAUGAUGAGGUGAACCGCAUGCACGAAUCCCUGCACCUCUUCAACAGUAUAUGCAACCACAAGUUCUUCGCCGCCACGUCCAUCAUCCUCUUCCUCAACAAGAAGGAUCUCUUCGAGGAGAAGAUCAAGAAGGUGCACCUCAGCAUCUGCUUCCCUGAGUACGAUGGUCCCAACACGUUCGAAGAUGCAGGGAAUUACAUCAAGACCCAAUUCCUGGAUCUCAACAUGCGGAAGGACGUGAAGGAGAUCUACAGCCACAUGACCUGUGCCACAGACACGCAGAACGUCAAGUUCGUCUUCGACGCCGUCACAGAUGUCAUCAUCAAGGAGAACCUCAAGGACUGCGGUCUCUUCUGAGCAGAAGAGCCGGCUGCAGUUCCACCUCACCGUUCUGCUGAGCAGAGCCAAAAGGACAACACGGAGUUCCCCAGCCCCCUGUUUUUUUUCUAUAAGCUGCCCCCCACAUCCGAGCCCACGCCAGGAGGGGCCCCAGCUGCCCCGCCUGCCCCACAUCUCGGCCGUUUCCUCUGGGACAGCACCCAGCUGGGCUCCCCCACACAGAGCUCAGCGCAGAGGAAGAGGAAACGGGCGCUGGGGCGCUGGGCACCGCGCUGCUCAGAGCUCCAUUUGCUCUUGGCUGCUUGUAAAUAAACCCGUCCUGCCGUAGAGGAGCCCUGCAUGCUCUCGC